AUGGAAACUCCGAACGACACAAGUCGAAAAAAUUGUUCUCCUACGAAAAUGAAUGAUUUUACCAAAAGUACUGAUAAUAAUGAGAUUUCUAAGGAUAUGCAAAAAGUGAUACGAUCUACUCCACUAACAGCUAUAUUAGUAAAAAAUUCUGUGUUAUUGCCUACUGGAGUAGCACGAGUCAAACCAUACUCCGAUGAUAAACCGAACUCACUCAAAGAUCCUGCUCGUCCGUCAAGUUCCAGUAGUUCUGCAACUGGCAAUCCCAGAAAUAAGACUGCUCUUGCACCCGGCCACAGUUUAAUGGAUUGGAUCCGUCUGGGUGCUUCUAAAGUUGAUCUUACUGGUGUUGGAGGUGUUCCUCAAGUGGUCACAAUGACCGAACUUGCCAAACAUAAUCAACGAAAUGAUGCAUGGAUAGCGAUUCGAGGUGUUGUAUUCAAUGUUACAAGGUAUAUGGACUUUCAUCCAGGUGGAGUAGAAGAAUUGAUGAAAGGUGUUGGAAAAGAUGCUACUAAGCUUUUUGAGAACGUUCAUGCAUGGGUUAAUUAUCAAAGUAUUUUACAAAAAUGUAUUGUGGGUCGAUUGAGUAAUGAAGGAUUAAUAGAUACCCGAAGCAUUGUUUCGAACUUCGAUGAGAAAUCUGCAAGAAAUUCAUCUUCUCUUACGAAUGAUAAAAUAAAAUUUUCAUUAUCAAAUAUUCACAUAGAAUGGAAACAAACUUCUAAUUCCAUAACAUUCAUUUACAAAAUUACAAAAAAUCAAUCAUUUCCUGGGUUCCAAUUAAUACGAAAAAAUCCAAAAAAUUUUGAUCUGCAAAUGUAUGCACUUAAGAACAUUAUAAAACACGAAUACGAUCUCUGUGAAAGUGUACAAUGGCCACCUGUAUGGGAAAAAAAUUUCAACGAAACAGAGAUAUCUUUUAAUUUUUCUAAAAAAAUUGGAACGUUAUGGAAAUCAUACGGAAGUCGAACGGUUGUGAGUUAUACAAAAAAAACAGAAAGAGAUUAUCGAGACUGGGAAGUUGUCAGCAAUAAAUUACUUGCUGAAGAUGUUCAUCUUUUAGUUUUGAAAUCAACUAAUUAUAUUGAAAUAAUAGAAACUGGACAACACAUGGAAGCAAGAAUGAAUGUAAUGGGUACUGAAAUUUCAAGAUAUUAUACACCAAUACCUUCAUUUCUUUGCUUUGAAGACAAUUUAUCGGCAUCUAAUCCCGAUUAUUUAUACCUGAUAAUUAAACGAUAUGACAGUGGACAAUUAAGUCCAUCUGUUACAGCUCUUCAACAAGGACAAACAUUAACUUUAAGUAACGGAUUAGGAAAUUUUGCCGUACAGUCUUUUGACAAGUACCCUUCUAUUCUGAUCUUAGCUGCAGGUACAGGAAUAACACCGAUGUUAGGGAUUAUUUACAGGGCACUUUAUCGACGUAACGUGUAAGUACAUUUAUUAUAUCAUUUAAUUAGAUUCAAUUUUUUACACAAAUUAAAAAAAAGCUCAAUAGCUGAACUCUAUUGUAUUUUUAUAAUAGUUCUCUAUCAUA